AUGGCAAACGGCUCAGUGCGAGAUUGUCACAAUGACGACUGUCGAGACGAUAUCCCUUUGAAAGAGUCGGGCAGCAGCGAUAUAAGUGAUGAUGAGAGAAUCGAGUACCCAUCCACGAUCAAAUUCCUUCCCGUACUCAUAGGCCUUUGUUUUCAGUCAUUCUGCAUCGCACUGGACAAUACAAUCCUCGCCACAGCUGUACCGAAGAUCACCGAACAAUUCAACUCUUUGGAAGACUUGUCCUGGUACGCAAGCGCGUACCUUCUGACAUCUUGCGCGGUCACCCUCCCCUUCGGCAAGAUAUACACCUACUAUUCUACGAAAUGGACGUACAUGAUCGCCCUCGGUCUUUUUGAGAUCGGGUCGUUGGCAUGUGCAGCUACGCCAACAUCGAAGGGUCUGAUACUCGGAAGGGCGAUUGCAGGGAUUGGGUCGGGAGGAUUAUCACCUGGUGCGCUGUUAGUGCUCGCCAAUAGUGUACCCCUCCAUCGACGUGCUCUUUAUUUUGGGAUCAUUGGGAGUACGAGUGGAAUUGCGACUGUCACUGGGCCACUACUGGGGGGACUAUUGACGGACCAUUUGAGUUGGCGAUGGUGUUUCUAUAUUAAUCUUCCCCUUGGCGCAAUUACGGGUAUCUUUAUUGCUAUAUUCUUCAAGGAUGUGAAACCGAGGAAAACGAUCGAAUCAGGACGGAUGAACAAGGUUAAACGGAUGGAUCCACUCGGCAUCCUGCUCUUCAUCCCCGCUAUUAUAUCGAUCCUUUUGGCCCUACAGUGGGGUGGCACGAAAUAUGAAUGGUCAAAUGUGCGCAUCAUUGUACUGUUCGUCUUAUUUUCAUUGUUUUCCUUAGCCUGGUGCUAUGUUCAGCACUGGAAACAAGAAGAAGCCACCGUUCCUCCUCGCCUACUCAUGAAUCGCAAUAUUCUUGGCGCUGUCAUACAUGCAACGUUUCUCGGGGGCUCUUUCUUUGUGUUCGGAUACUAUCUCCCUAUCUGGUUCCAGGCUAUUGAACAGGUCUCAGCAUCGCAGUCUGGAAUCAAUAACUUGCCUAUGGUUGUCUCAAUGAUCAUCUCCUCCGCACUUGGGGGGCUCUUGGUAAAUUUGGUUGGGUACUACACGCCUCUCAUGUUUCUUGGCAGCGCCCUCCUCACGAUUGGUUCAGGCCUUUGUACAACAUUCCAAGUUCACACAGGAAAUGGGAUGUGGAUCGGCUACCAAAUUAUAAUAGGUAUCGGCGCAGGGGUCGGGUUCCAACAAUGCAUCAAUUGCCUGCAGACCGUUCUACCAUUGGAAGAUAUACCGAUUGGGAUUGCGAUAAUUACAUUUGCUCAAAGUUUAAGCGGCGCGUUGUUUAUUUCUAUUGCACAGACUGUGUUUCAGAAUCGACUAGUGGCCAGCAUCACCAAGUACGCUCCAACGAUUAGUCCAGGGGCUAUCAUCGAAGCUGGAGCAGCCCAUCUUUCGCACAGGGUUCCUAAGCAGGCUCUUUCAUCUGUGUUAUACGCUUAUAAUAUUGCAGUUACACAGACAUUUUAUGUUUCUGUUGCUGCUGCUGCCCUUUCCUUUAUUGGAGCUGCACUUGUUCAGUGGAAGUCUAUGAAAAGACCUCAGAAGUAUGCAUGA